GCUACGCUCUUUGCACGAACAAUCUGCAAUCUACUUCUUAUCUCUUCUAUUGCCGACUUAUGACGACAAAGCAGGACAGAAAAGUUCGGAGCCUCGAUUAGAUAUACAGAUAACCAUUUCACGUCCGCGACGUCGUAAAGGGACCGCGCAUCGUUCUCGGUAGCUCAUCUCAAUCGUCUUGAGUCGACGGGUAGAAACACCGACAGCCACGAUUCCCUGCAGCCUUCCCAUACAUUCGACAGUCCUCACUAUUCCAAUAUUCAUCUCACAAUCAGAAUCCCAAGCAUGGCGGAAGCUUCGCCCAUGUCUCUCCUAGAGUUGGAGAAGGAUCCGCGACUCUUUCUCUAUACCUCACUGACUGCCGGUUCCUCCCACAUCAUCACCGCGACGUCACGGCUCGAGACGAUUCUGAAGGCCAACAAGAUUCCAUUCCAAGCGAUUGAUAUGGCCACGGAUGAAAAGGCACGGCGCUUAUGGCAGCGCCGAGCUGGUGGACGGAAGUUGCCUGGCCUGGUCAAGGAGGGUUUUGUCAUUGGUGAUCUCGCGGAAGUUGAAGAGUGGAAUGAGUUUGGCGAGCUCAAAGAGAACAUCGGGCCUGUGCCUGCACACAACGCAGCAGCUCCAAGCGGCGGCCAAACGGGCGUCAACAUCGCUCCGCCGAGCCGCUUCGCCUCUUCCGCAGUACCUAGCUCUAGUGCACCAGGCUCCACGAAUACUACAGGCGUAUAUGGCCAAACCGCCGUACCCGCUGCCAAAAUACCUGAAGCUGGUUUUGACAGGACCAAAGGUUACGCCUUACCAGGUGCUGCUGAGAUUGCAGCACGUGCCGCGAAAGCGCUCGAGACAGCCAAGGCAGCGGUAACAUCUGAAAGCUGCAAGACAGGAGAGUCUGCCGUCUCUACCACGAAGAGCAAGGAUACAGCAGGAGAGGCGGAAAAGGAGAAGACCGGCGGCAUCCCAAUGCCUCAGCGGAAGAUGAGCAUUUCAUUCGCCGACGGGACAGCAGAACCCAGAAGUCCCUCAUCAAAUUCUACCAAUGCUUCCCUCGUGGAGAAGAAGGCUGCGGAAAAAGCAUCUGCGCCAUCAACGACGUCAGCUACAACGGAGAAACCAGAAGCACCAGGAUCGAUUGAUUCUGCUAUCAAACCGAGCGCAGAUAUCACCGUUGCUACAUCCACGGGUAAAGCCCAGGAUGUUGCGCUAUCGGCCCCUAUAGCAGUAAAAUCACCCGACAGUGCGAAAUCACCAGAAACUGUGGCUUCAUCAGCCUCGACGCAUCGGGGCAGUGAGAUCAAGGAGGCACCUGCUGAGGUAAUUCGCGAGGUCGAGAAAUCGUUGACUCUGAAGGAGUCCAAGGAUGAGGAGGCUGCUGCGGAAGCAGAAGACGAAGAAGAAAGUGGAAAGGAGUCUACUCCGGCUGUAGCAGCUCAAGAGUCCAAGGCCUCCGUCCCGGAAGUGACCGAGGAGAAAGAAACCACUCGUGCGAAAGAUGUCGAGGAGAAGCUUAAGACUCUGGAUGUCAAAGACGCGAAGACCUCCAUGGCCGCAACACCCGCAUCCGCGGCAGCAGACUCAGAAGCACAAACGAAGAAGACUCAGGAGCAAGAUCCGAAAGAGGCGGCCGACGCGAGCAAAAGCGUGGAGGAUUGAAGAUCGUUUGCCGGCAGAUGGCAGAUGUUGGGUCCAGUACAAUGUUGUCAUUGUAUAGAGGACCCGACGAAAAGUUGUCUCGGUUUUCGCAAGGGUUUCCGUAGUUUAUUGAAUGCGCCCAUGGCUAACGCCCAGCUACGCCGCAUUACACGGAGUGUUGUCAAGUUCGAACGAAUUCAUGAAACACAAACUUGCCAUUCUGUUCGUUCUCUGAUUGAUAAUAGUAAAAUAAUAUUGAGCGAUACCUG